AUGAACUCCGUAUAUGAUGCGCGGGUCUUCCCUCGCUCUCUUCCGCCUAUCACCCCCGCUGGCAAUACCUCAAUGCUCGCGGAGGAGAUCAAGAGGGGCGAGUCUUCACGUAGAGCAUCUGGGACUGGGGUGAGGGGCGUCACUUCCAACCUUCCCAGCGCUGCGGACCUCUACGUGCCCUCUCUUCCUGGCGUACCCGAUAUGGCUACCCAUCCUACUCAUCCUAUCGAAGUGUACGCAGGGAGUAUACCUUCAUAUCCCGGAGAAGGGGCCGGAGGAGGUGUAGGGGCUACAGGAGUUGAUGCUACGCUAUUCUUCAUGAUGAUCAAAGCGAGAAGAGCAGCAGGCAAGCAGCGCGUGAUUCUGUGGUUCAACGGUGGACCAGGCUGCUCUUCGUUCGAUGGGUCUUUGAUGGAGAUCGGACCAUUCAGGACCGUCAGCGAAAGUAAGACCAAGUCGGGGAUGGUUGAGGUGGAGCUGGUUGAGGGCGGAUGGGAAGAGUAUGCGACUGUUAUCUUUAUCGAUCAACCUCCUGGGACUGGAUAUUCAUUUGUACCGACUAACGGGUAUUUACAUGAUCUGGAUGAGGGCUCUGCGCAUCUGAUCCAGUUCCUUCAGAAUCUGUACCAUAUCUUCCCGGAACUAUCCAGUGUCGACACAUAUCUCGCCGGAGAAUCAUUUGCGGGCCAAUACAUUCCUUACUUUGCCAAAGGUCUGCUAGCUACCAACCUCCUCCCCAACUUCAAGCUCGCCGGUGUCGCGAUCGGGAAUGGCUGGAUCGACGGGUUUGAGCAGUACCCCGCCUACGUGGAUUUCGCAUACGAAAAGGGUCUGAUCAAGAAGGACAGUGCGCCGGCACAAGAGAUGGAAGCGAUCCUGCAGCAAUGUAUGGAUGAGAUUGCCCGGGUCAAGAAGAAUGGGGAUCAUCCUGUUAAUCUAGGUGGAGGGUGCGGGGGGGUCAUGUCCUCUGUGACGGAUCCUUUCGUGGAUGAGACGAAUGGGAAAAAGACGUGUAUGAAUGUCUAUGAUGUGCGGCUGGUAGAUGAUUGGCCGGCGUGCGGGAUGAACUGGCCGCCUGAUCUAGGGGAUGUGUACAAGUUUCUCCGCCGCCCAGACGUAGUCACCGCCCUCCACGCCAAUAAAAAGGAAACCGCCUGGGUCGAAUGCGACGGCCGUGUCGGUUCCGAACUGACCAUGUACAAAACCCCAUCCUCGUCCGACCUUCUCCCUGGGAUUCUGGAGGCGGGUGUCCCGAUCCUCAUGUUUGCGGGCGCGGAGGAUCUGAUUUGUAAUUACAAGGGGAUUGAAAGGAUCUGUGAUGGGUUGAUAUGGGAUGGGAAGAAGGGGAUGGGGAACUCGACGUCGGACGAGUGGUUUAUCAAUGGCACGCAAGUGGGGACUUGGCGGACACAUCGGAAUCUGACAUAUGCCAAGGUAUAUGACUCGUCGCACAUGGUCGGCUUUGACGUCCCGCACGUCACAAACGACAUGAUCACCCGCUUUAUGGAAGUCGACUUUGCCCUCCUCCCCGGAAUCGCAUCAUCCAGCAAGUCCCGCGUCGGCUCGAUCGACCGAGUCCAGCUCGGGUUGGCGACGACGGCUGCAGCGGGGAUCCCGCUCCUCAAGGGUGGGAAUACCGACUGGGAGGCGGCGUAUAAUGUCGGAUCGGCCCUGAUGAUCCUUCUGUUCCUCAUCUCCAUUGUCGGCCUCUACUUCUUUUUCCGGCGCAAGGCUCAUUUACGACGCCAAAAGUUUGGCAUUAUGGACGGAGCGGAUGGGAGUGCGGAGGAACGGGUUCCGCUCGGUGCGUUACAUCUAGAAGAUGGGAUGGGGAGCCCGAGAGGCAAGAGAUUGAGGAAGGGGAAGGGGAGGGCGAGGGAUCCGGAUAGUCCCGGUCUUGCUGGAGGAGGAGGCGGACGAUCUACGCCUCCGUUGAAUGGAGAACGCGGACACGGGCACGGGAGGGGUCAUAGUGGAGGUGGGCACGGAGGGAGUGAGGGAGGGAGUGAAUUCGGAAGUCCGGCGGGGACGGUUAUGUUUGCGUUGGGGGAUGAGGAGGAGGAUGAGGCCAAGGGUCAAGGAGGAGGGGGAGGGCGCAGGUAG